AUGGUGCCAGUAGCAAUUGAGGGUUGCAACCAGGGAACCGAAGGGGGAGGAGCUCGAGGCGGAUCAAUUUCGCUUGGUUUAUUGAUUGAUUUUAUAGUGCAAAGGACUUAUGAUGAACUCACAGUAUUGGCAGAAUUAUUACCACGUAAAACUGACAUGGAGCGUAAGAUUGAGAUCUAUAAGUUCAGUGCUCGAACCAGGCAACUCUUUGUACGCUUACUUGCUUUGGUCAAAUGGGCCAGCAGUGCCACAAAAGUUGAUAGAUCUGCCCACAUAAUGGCUUUCUUGGAUAAACAAGCUCUUCUAUUUGUGGAAACUGCUGAUGUUUUAGCUCGAGUAGCUCGAGAAACAUUAGUUCAUGCAAGGUUGCCGACUUUCCACAUGGCAGCAGCUGUUGAGGUAUUGACUCUAGGCUCAUACAGUCGCUUGCCAGCUGUUAUACGUGAGAAACUAGUGCCUCCUCCAUCUUUAACACCUGCAGAGCGCCGCUCAACAUUACGUGCACUUGCACAUGUAGUUAAACAGCGUCUCACUACAGCUUCAUUGCCAAGUGAUGUUAGGAAUUUAAAGGUAGAAAAUGGAAGAGCUACCUUUUCAGUUGGUCAAGAAUUUAGUGUGUCACUAACAGUUAUGGGUGAUGCACCAAAUUUACCUUGGCGUUUAUUGGAUAUCGCUAUUUUAAUACAGGACAGUGAAACAGGAGAGGGUAAACCUUUAGUGCACACUUCUCAAUUAAAUUGGCUGCGUGGAGUAGCACAGGCAAGAUUAGCAGCCGCUGGACUCAGUGGUGCACUAACAGCUCUUCGGUAUUUUUGCCGGUCCCUCUCUUUGGAACUGUUGUACACACAGACUCUCAGACUGUGCCGUGACCGGUUAUCUCGACAUCUUCAAGUGGACAGAUAUAUCCCUGGACAAAAGUUACAAGUUUCUUACUGGAGGGAGCUGGGCUGCGAGCUCGGCUACCGGCUGAUCGUGGGAGCGGAGGGCGAGUCGCUGUGCGUGUGGCACGUGCCGGCGCUGGCGGGCGGCGAGCGCGUGGCCUCGGCGCUCACGCCGCACGCGCCCUCCAUGGAGCGCCUGCUGGCGCACACCGUGCACGUGCGCUCGCGACAGCGCCUCAACGACCUCAAGGUGCUCCUCAACGACUUGGGGGUGGAGUGCAGCGUGGGCGGCUGGCCGUGCGUGCUGGCGUGCUCGGUGGUGUGGCCGUGCCUGCGCGCCGAGCAGCUGCUGGUGUCGGUGGGCGCGCACGGCGGGCGCCUGCGCGCGCGCGUGCCCGCCUACCCCGCCACGCCGCGCAUGCCGGAGCUGGCGCACGCGCUGGCCGUGCCCGACCGCGCGCUCGUGCGCAGCCUGCUCACGCACCUCAGGUUCUGGUUAGUGGCGCGUCGUUGUGAAAAAACACUCCAACACUUGCCGGCGAGUGUCUGUGAACACUUACCGUUCCUGCACGGCCCGGACCACCCACUUAACAAACUGUCGCCCGACCGCCUGUACGUCACCUUGCAUAGGCACACCGAUCACAUUCUAGUGGUGGAGAUGAAGGAGGUGGCGGCGGGCGGCACGGCCACCACCAGCUGCAGCAGCAACAGCGGCAGCGCCUGCAGCGUGGCGCUCGCCUUCCACCUGGCCGGCGCGCGCCGCUGCACGCCCGACGAGUGCGAGGACGAGACUUCUCCCGCGACCACGGCUACUUCGGCGACACCGCGUGCGUUCCUGAAGUUACACUCGCUCGUCGAACUAGACACAUUUACGUUGACACACGGCCCCUUCACUCCGCUGGACACAGUGGGUAUGCAACCAGGCAAGCGCAAGCUGGCAGCGACGAACACCCGCGCGGUGCGCGUCCGGCAGCCCGCGUACUUCCUGCCCGAGCUGGCGCACGUGGUGGCCGCCGCCGACGAGCGCGUGCCUUUCGUGAAUCUCGCGCAGGAGCUGGCGGCGCGCGGCGUGACGCACGGCGGCGUGCAGGCGGAGUGGUCGGGCUCGGCUCUGGGCAUGCGCAUCGUGGCGCUGCCGCGGCCCGAGGGCGCCAGCGAGGGCGCGGCGGCGGCCCUGCGCGCGCGCCUGCUGGCCGCCACCGUGCGCCUCACCACCAAGAACCAGGCGCGCGUGUGGACCGCCGAGAUCGUCUUCCACGGCUCGCCCGUGCACACGCCCAACCCCAAGGAACAAGGCGAACGGCGUUGCGUUUAUCUGCAGUACGAACUCGGUACCGAUGCCGGGAGAACUGCCGACGCGUUCCUGGCAGAUUGGGCGGCCAUCGUACAUUUGCAUACGCUACUAUACGAUUUUAUGCUAAGGCCGAGCCAAGAGCGCGAGGCGCUGUGGCAGGGCGUGUGCGUGCGCUCGUACACGUACCGCUCGCUGGUGCUGGGCUUCGGGCCGGCGCAGCGCGCCACGGCCGUGCUGCAGUGGAGCGCCGCCGCGCAGCGCUACACCGUGGCCACGCCCGCGCACCAGCCCGCCGCCAACGCGCACCACCUGCUGCACCACCACCUCGACCACUACCUCAACUGGCACAAGGACCUAAUGUCGCUGGGCGUGGUGCUGCGCGAGACGUACGCUCCGCUGCUGGCGCUGGGCCGCCUGCCCGCGCUGCCGCAGCUGGGGCUGCACCACGUGCGCACGUUCAUGCCCACGCCCACCUUCACGCUGCUGGCGCACUCGUGGCGGAAGAUUCGCAUCGUAUACGCCGGUGCCUAUUGUAUUGAAGUGGGUCUUCGCGGUGGAAACAUGGUGACGAUACGUGACGGCUCCUACUCCAAGUUCGACCGAACUCCCGUCGUUGACGAAUUCGCGCCAGCACUUGGACUCAAGACGUUCCUUUCGCGAUACGUCGAUGAUAACAUCAGCGCGCGCCUGUUGGCUGAAGAUGACAACCCGCCUUCUCCUAUGUCACCAAUGCCACCUGGAGGGCUGCGCUUCCCUGCGCCGCUGACGCCCCCGCAGCCGCACACGCCGCACUCCGCGCCCGUCACGCCGCACCCCGCCUCGCCGGCGCAACAUCAGAUCGGCGGCGGUUCGUUCAACCUGACGUCCCCGCCGGGUGCCAGCGGCGCGGCGAGUGGCGCGGGCGCGGGCCCCGGCGUGUCUGCCUCGCCCGCCUCACCCCUCGCGCCCUCUCCGCUGGCGCCGGCUGCCUCCCCGCACCCGCCGCCCACGUCGCCAUUUACCGCCUGGCCCGCCUCGCCCUCGCUGCCGCGCCCGUCGCCCGGACACCACCCCUCGCCGCGACACCAUAUGGACCACAAGGGUCCGCAGGCCAGCUCGUCGAGCGCGGCGCGCGGCGCGGCGCUGGCGGGGCGCGCGGGCGGCGGCUCGCCCGGCACGCCGCUGGGCGUGGCCAAGCUGGAGGCGCUGUGCUCGCCCGCCGAGCCGCCGCCCGGCGCGCCGCCCGGCCCGCCGCUGGCGCCGCUGCAGCGCUUCCUCGCCUGCGUCUACAUGAAGCGCGCGCUGCAACGCUUCGUGCACCAGGAGGACUAUCUUACAAUGGUGUCGACGGACGCGACGUCGCUGACGUUCCGCUGCGACACGGCGGGGCUGGCGGCGCGCGUGGCGCUGCACCCGCAGCACAUGCAGUCGCUGCACCUGCAACUGACGCCGCUCGCUGACGUCAAGGACAACUGGUCCGCUGACGACCUCCAGGUGAUGGAGAAGUUCUUCGAGCAGCGCGUGGCGAUCGCGCCGUACCGCGCCACGGCGCUGCUGGGCUGGGCGCGCGCGUGGGGCGCUCCGGCCGCGGCGCUGCCGUCGCUGGUGGCGCUCAUGCGCGCCGACCUGGUGCCCGUGGCGCCGGCGCUGUGGACGCUGCACUGGGUGCUGCGCAUCCCGCCCGCCGGCCCGCCCAUCGUGCCCGCCGGCCAGCCCGCCGUGCUGCUCGCCAAGCACAAGAUACUCUUCUUUAUAUGUCUCACACGAGGCGAAACGCAACUAGUUCUGCCGUUGGUAUACGACGUUCAGUCUAAUGCCAUGCAAAUAGCCGAACGACGAGACGCACAGCAGCCACAUCUUAACGCUGUUAAUCUGCAUUUAAAGCGCUUUGCGGACUUCAAUCAGGGUCACGGCGAGUGCAUUCUGUGGCCAGCCGUGCGCGACUUGAUCAUCAACUUCACGCUGCCGCAGGAGGCCCCGCAGGCCGCCGCGGCGCCGCCGCCCUAGCGCCUUGCGCUCUAGCCGUGCGCCUGGCCCGCACCCCACUUGCCAGAGCGCCAUGCGUCAGGCUUACCUCCCUUCGGAGCGUGACGCGUCGUACGACUUGCCGUAGUGUCACGCGUCACGCCUGCCUCCCGUCAGUGUGCCGCGUCGUACGAGCUGGUGUAGUGUAACGUGGCGUGCCUGCUGUCAAUGUAUUGCAUCAUGUCUACGAGCUCCCGACCCGCGCACGCAUAGAUUUAAUUUGACUACUUGACCUAAGUAUUGUUUGGAGAAGUGGUUGAAAUGCACUACAUAGACUUAAUACAUAGUUUUAUUAAAAUCGUUUACGUCGUAAGUUAUAAUGUAAAUUUGUAUAAUUAAAAUUAUAAUGAUUGAUA